CACUUAUAACAUCUCAUCGUUCAAAAAACACUUUUGCAGAAAGAAAAAAAUUUAAUGGAAAAGGAAGACCGCAGCUUUUGAUUAAAUAGCCUCAGGCGUUGGUAUUUCUCAGCUUCCAUCCAACGAGACUCGAGGUUACGAUCAACAACAUUGCAAGACAUCAUUAUACAUUUUAAACUCAACUAGUUUUCUAGUUAUUACAGGAAUUAAAUCCCUAUGCUAUGGACGAGGAUUCUGAAGACCCGUCCAGCCCAUCUCCAUCCUGCUCCACUGAACCCCAACCCACUGUGUCCCCGGGUCCUGACCGGAACCAUGGCGACCAGGAGGACAGUAACCAUGGUGAUCAGAAUGACAAACCGCAAGGUCAGGAGAGGGUUACUGUGAGUCUGGACAUCAACAGUGAAACACCAACAUUUAAUAUCGUAGUCAAAGAAGAAGAAGAAGACUGGGAACUAGAUAAUACAGGAGAGAGUCCCAGCCAUCACUCUGCAGCCGGGGAGAGGCCCUCUACAUCAGGAGAACCUGAACAACACCAGAUGAAACGCAGAACGAGGCAGAAAAAGACCCACCUAUGCCCAGAUUGUGGGAAACACUGCCAGACAUUAUCGGCACUACAAAUACACCAGCGAACCCACACAGGAGAGAAGCCUUACGCUUGCUUUGUGUGUAAGAAAACAUUCAUUAUUAGACAAGCUUUGAAAACACACCAGCGAACACACACAGGAGAGAAGCCUUAUACCUGCUCUGAGUGUGGGAAGGGCUUCGCUCAUCAAUGUAGUUUGAGAUACCAUCAAAAGAGGAAUUCUGAACAGAUUAAAACAGACCCGAAUGAGAAGAUGACCUGCUGCUGUGGACAAGAGUUCUCCUCAAAGUGCGUUCUGGAGGUUCACUUGAAGACAGACACGGGAGCCAAGCCUUACACCUGUUGUGUGUGUGGCAAGAGGUUCAAUAAAGAAUCAUUAAAAGAACACCAGCGAUCCCACACAGGAGAGAUGCCUUACUCUUGCUCUUUCUGUGGCAAGGGUUACUAUCACAAACCGGCUUGGAAAGCCCACGAGCGAACGCACACCGAGGAGAAGCCCCUGUGCUCCGUGUGCGGACGGACCUGCUCUAGUAAGUAUACGUUAAAAGUCCACGAGCGAACACACACAGGAGAGAUGCCUUUCCUCUGCUCUGAGUGUGGCAAGGGCUUCAUCAGUAAAGGACUCCUGAUGACCCACGAGCGAUUCAACUGUUCCGGGGGAGAAGAACGACGGCGAGCGAAGAGGUUUCACAAGUGUCCGGACUGUGGGAAGGAGUUCACACAAGCAAACAAACUGGAGAGACACAUGAGAACACAUACAGGAGAGAGGCCUUACCAGUGCUCUGUGUGUGGGAUGAGGUUCAACCAGAAAGGGAAUCUCAAAACGCAUUUUAAAGUGCACACGGGCAGGGAUCCCAGUUUGCUGCCUGACAUGGACAUGAGGACGACUUCUUCAGAAGCAGCGAAACAGCCUCUGGACAACAGACAUAAUGUUGGGAAACCACAACAAUUUCUGAAUCAGAUUGGCGAGGGAACCCACAACCUUCCGGCACCACAAACCCACAACCUUCCGGCACCACAAACCCACAACCUUCCGGCACCACAAACCUACAACCUACCGGCACCACAAACCCACAACCAACGGGCACCACAAACCCACAACCAUCCGGCACCACAAACCCACAACCUUCCGGCACCACAAACCUACAACCCACCGGCACCACAAACCCACAACCAACGGGCACCACAAACCCACAACCUUCCGGCACCACAAACCCACAACCUUCCGGCACCACAAACCCACAACCUACCGGCACCACAAACCCACAACCUACCGGCACCACAAACCCACAACCUACCGGCACCACAAACCCACAACCUACCGGCACCACAAACCCACAACCUACCGGCACCACAAACCCACAACCUACCGGCACCACAAACCUACAACCAUUCGGCACCACAACCCCACAACCUCCCGGCACCACAAACCCACCACCUCCCGGGACCACAAACCCACCACCUCCCGGCACCACAAACCCACCAAAUCCCGGCACUACAAACCCACAACCUACCGGCACCACAAACCCACAACCUCCCGGCAGCGCAGAGGGAGGGAAGCCACCACCUCUCGGCAGCGCAGAGGGAGGGAAGCCACCACCUCCCGGCACCACAGAAACCCACCAUGUCCCCCAGGGGAGAAAAACACUAUCUCUGCCCUGAAUGUGGCAAGACUUACACCCGGGAAUACGACCUCCGAGUCCACCUCAGAACGCACACAGGAGAGAGACCGUACCAGUGUUAUGACUGCGGGAAGGCCUACGUCCGGAAAAACAAUCUCCAACAACACCGGCGGUCACAUGCUCCCAAGCCCAUAGGACCGACCCGCCAUUUAGGCAGACCACCCAGGGUGGGCUCUAGUAGUGGAAGGUCCAACCAGUCACCCAGGGUGGGCUCUAGUAGUGGAAGGUCCAACCAACCACCCAGGGUAGGAAGAGGAACAGGGUUGGAGAGCGCUGGUUUAAACCUACAGGAUGGUAGCUCCCCAGGAACAUUGUUGGAGAGCCCUGGUUUAAACCUACAGGACGGUAGCUCCAGGAACACCUGGUUUAAGGACCCGUCCAGCCCGUCUCCACCCUGCUCCACUAAACCCCAACCCACGGUGUCCCCGGGUCAUGAAAGUAACCAUGGCGACCAGGAGGACAGUAACCACGGUGAUCAGAAAGGCACACCGCAGGGUCAGGAGAGGGUUACUGUGAGUCUGGACAUCAACAGUGAAACACCAACAUUUAAUAUCGUAGUCAAAGAAGAAGAAGACUGGGAACUAGAUAAUACAGGAGAGAGUCCUAGCCAUCACUCUGCAGCCAGGGAGAGACCCUCUAUAUCAGGAGAACCUGAACAACACCAGAUGAAACGCAGAACGAGGCAGAAAAAGACCCACCCAUGCCCAGAUUGUGGGAAACACUGCCAGACAUUAUUGGCGCUACAAAUACACCAGCGAACCCACACAGGAGAGAAGCCUUAUACCUGCUCUGAGUGUGGGAAGGGCUUCACCUAUCAAUGUAGUUUGAGAUGCCACCACCAGAAGAAACAUUCUGAACAGAUUAAAACCGAACCGGAUGACAAGAUUGGCUGUUGUUGUGGACAAGAGUUCUCUUCCAAGAAUGUUCUGGAGGUUCACUUGAAGACAAACACUGGAGACAAGCCUUACACCUGCUGUGUGUGUAAGAAGACCUUUACUCAUAAAGCAUUACUGAAAGUACACCAGCGAUCCCACACAGGAGAGAAGCCUUUCUCUUGCUCUCUGUGUGAGAAGAGUUUUACUCAAAAAGGAAAUUUGACAACGCACGAGAAGUCGCACGCCGGAGAGAAACAUCCUUGCUCAGUCUGUGGAAAGAGUUUCACUCAGAAAGGCUAUCUGAAGAUUCAUCAGCGGCUUCACUGUUCUGAAGGGGAGUUGAGUUCCUCUGUAUCAAGAGCACUUGAACACCGACAGAGGAGAGCUAAGGCGACUCACAGAUGCCCAGACUGUGGGAAGGAGUUCCCUCAAACAUAUUACCUGGACCGACACAUGAGAACACACACAGGAGAGAGGCCUUACCAGUGCUCUGUGUGUGGGAUGAGUUUCACGCAGAAAGGAAAUUUAAAAACGCAUCAGAAAGUGCACACUGGAGAUUAUCCCAGCUCCUGGUCCACUGGUGAGGGGAGUCCCUGUACAUCGGGAGAAGCUGAACAACACCAGGAGAACCACGCAGACGUCACAUCUCACGGCUGCCUCGUGUGCGGCGAGGAACACUCUAACCUCCCAGAACUACACAAACACAUGAGAUCUCACUCGGGAGAAAAGUGCCUCGUCUGCCCUGUGUGUGGCAAGACUUACCCCAGAGAAUUUGACCUCAAAGUCCACCUCAGAACACACACAGGUGAGAAACCCCACAAGUGCAUUGAAUGCGACAAGAGCUUUGUUCGUAAACAAGGGCUCCGGCAGCACCAGAGGACACAUGACGCCAAGCCCAUCGGACCGACCCGCCAGUUAGGCAGGCCAAAGCACUUAACCAGGGCUCAAAUGUCCAAGAAAGUGCCAAAGAUGGAGAGUGAUACGGAGAUGCAGGACUGCCAGUACUAUGACAAUUGCAACUCUCUUGGCUACCUCCAAGAGAGUCCUGCCUCCAGCCACCGCAGUGAGGAGACUACCUCUACAUCAGGAGAACCUGAGCAACACCAGGAGAACCACGACACAGCCACAACGUCUCACCACUGCUUUGGCUGUGGACAGGAGUUCCCUGCCGCCUACGACCUCGUGUUACACCAGAGGACACACAUAGAGAGAGGCUUCUACAAGUCUGUCUGUGGAGAGCUGUUCUACCAGAAAGAGUUACUCAAAACACACCAUCAGAAAGUUGACACAGGAAUACCUGGAGAACACCGGACGAAUCUCAAAGCUAAGAAGUCUCACGACUGUGUAGUGUGUGGAAAACAACUAUCGGAAGCAAUGAAGCUGAAGAGGCACAUGAGAACACACACGGGAGAGAAACCUCACGUCUGCUCUGUGUGCGGCAGAGGAUUCACGCAGAAAGGAAAUCUGAAAACACACAUGAAAACACACAGAGGGCUGAACCCCAAAUUGUGGUCCGCUGGAGAGGACAGUCCCUCGACAUCAGGAGAACCUGAACAACACCAGAAGAACCACACAGCUAAGACAUUUCAUAAUUGCAUAGAAUGUGGGGAGAUGUGCCGAACUCUACCAGCACUAAAAAAACACAUGAAAACUCACACCAGUAAGAAGCCGUCUUACCAAUGCUCCCUUUGCGGGGCGGAAUUCACUGAGAAAGGGCAAAUCCAAGACCACCAGUUACAGCAUGUUGGAGAGAAGCCGUACUCCUGCCCUGACUGCGGGAAAUGUUUCGUCAAUGAAGGCUACAUUAAAAUUCACCAGCGAACGCACACUGGAGAGAGACCCUACAGCUGCCUUGUGUGUGGAAAUAGUUUCGUGAAAAAAGCAUACUUAAAAAGUCAUGUACUGACACACACGGGAGAGAAACCGUACCUUUGCUCCAUCUGCGGGAAGACAUACAGUAGAGAAGGAACUUUCCAAAUCCACCAGAGAGUUCACACGGGAGAGAAACCGUACCUGUGCACUGAAUGUGGGAAGCGUUUCAGCUGUAGAGCAAACCUUUAUUCGCACAACAAGAGACAUGCUGGCAAACCCAUAGGACCUAAACGUCAGUUAGGCAGACCGAAGCAACUGCCAAACUGACAAUGGGACAAAUGAACUUGUGUAGUGUCUCUCCUGAUCACCAACAAAAUAGUUAUGUUCCAUCUUGAUUAUAGUAAGUUCCAUCUUGGGGCGGCAGCGUAGCCUAGUGGUUAGAGUGUAGGGGCGGCAGGUAGCCUAGUGGUUAGAGUGUAGAGGCGGCAGGUAGCCUAGUGGUUAGAGUGUA